AUGAUAAUGAUAUGUACACCAGGGGAUAAAUAUUCUCUUCAUAAACAUUGCAUGAGUCGAAGCGUUUUUAUGACAUUAUCAGCCGCGGGGAAAGGUGGUGGCGGGUUGUUGGAGAAACCAGUCAUAGAGAAAACAUCUCCUGGCCGUGAAUCUGAAUUUGACUUGAGGAAAUCAAGGAAAAUGUCCCUGCCUUAUCGUGUGUUACUGCACAAUGACAACUACAACAAGAGGGAGUAUGUCGUGCAAGUGCUAAUGAAGGUUAUACCUGGUAUGACCAUUGACAAUGCUGUGAAUAUCAUGCAAGAGGCACAUUACAAUGGUCUGUCAGUGGUGAUUAUCUGUGCUCAAGUAGAUGCAGAGGAUCACUGCAUGCAGCUGAGAGGUAAUGGUCUUCUAAGCUCAAUUGAGCCUGCAAGUGGAGGUUGUUAA